GAUCGCGCUGUAAUUUGAGCUCAAGUUGUGGUACAACAGGUGGCACUGGGCUACUUCCGGGUUUGGGGAGGGCAGGUGGCAGACAUUUUGACAGACCACAGUGGGUACAGCAGCCCGUACACCUGUACAUUUACGCGCUGGCCAGGUUACGACUAACAUGUCGUCCCCAAUUUCUGCCCGUGUCCGACUGUACCACAAGAUAUCGGACAACCUGGUAGAGAGAGACGUGAAGAGCCUCCGAGCCAUGCUCACCACGGACAGGAAACUAGGGAGAGCCAGGGUCGAAAAGGCCAGUCCCCAGGAAAUGUGUAUCAUGUUGGAGGAGGCCGGUGAGAUCGGCAGGGGUAACCUGGGCCUGCUGAUCGACCUGCUGACAAGCCUACAACAGCGUAGGUUAGCUGAAGAAGCAAAGAAAGUCGAAGAAGAAGAAAAGAGAGCUAUCGACAACGAAAAUGAAAAGAAGGACGAUGUAGUCGACGAAAUGGAAAGACUGGCGGUUAAAAGUGACCCAGGAACUCACGUCCCAUCAGACAGUCGUGUUACAGAACAACAACUCAACAAACUGGCGGGAAACUUAGGUUCAGAGUGGGAGAGCCUAACCAUACACCUGGGCAUGAAGAAGGCAGACGUGGACAGGUUCAAGACAGAAAGCCCCUACAACCUGCAGGCUCAGAUAUUCUCCAUGUUGGUACGCUGGAAGGCCAAUGCAGGGAAAGAGGCCACGGUUGGAACGCUCGUUCACGAGCUACGAAGUUUUGGUAUUGAUCAGGAUAAAUUUGAAUUUCUGCUACAAGAAACAUAACAUGAAACAGCAAGUGUGAAAAACAAUGAAGUGUCUACAGUAAGUUAAUAAUUACCAAAUAUGUUAUUGAGGCUGUAAAGCACUUGACAGAAGUACAGAAGCACAGAAGUGCCAAAAGUUCAGAUGAGGAUUCAGGCUUUUCGAUGAAAAGCAUAAUACAUUUGUACAAUAUGUGACUGGACCUCUACAAGACUCAGUACACAUUCAAUGCUAUGUCCAAUAGCUAUAGGAUACAUCUCCAGAUGUCUUUUGAUGUACGUACUUGUGGUUUUCUCAUGGCAGGGUUGUUAUGAUGGUACGGAAUUAGGUCAAGUCAUUUAAUACAACUUUGAAAUUGAAUAAAUCACGGCCGACAGCGAUGUCUCGAGUUUUUUUAAUGAGUAGAUCGGAUUGAUAACAAACGUUUACAACAAUUUUGUCUUGUAAAGAUGUUUGAAAUUACUAGUAUCCAGGAGGUUAAAAAGUUUAACCUCCUUGAAAUUAUCAAAUGGGAACCAUUCAACAGAUGCAGAAUUAUGUACAUUGUGCUUUAUUUUGUUGAAGAGGUAUACUCUGUACAUGUCUUAUUGGCCAUGAUUCUAUGACAACAAAACAUUUGAUGCACAUGCUAAUGUAUUCGCGUUAGAGGUAGAACUGUUUACUACGGUAAAACUGUAGUGAACCAAGAGCUUUCAUGAGCCUUAUCA